UUCUAUUGUUUUGAUUAUCAAAUACAAAACUUUUAUACUAUGAUUUUAUACUCGAAGAUUAUAAAUCAACGAAAAAAUAGAUAUUUGUCAUUAAUGUCAAAUCAAUAUCAUAUUAGAACAUUUAAAAAUUAUCAUAGAGAACUGUAUAUAAAACAAAACACAUUCAAAAAUAAUUCUUAUGUAAAAUAUACAGCAUAUAUUACUGUUGCUACAUCCAUAUUAGGAUUAUAUUAUUAUAUAUCUUAUAAAAAUAUUUAUGCUUUAAAUAAAAAAUUUAUUCCAUGUGGAGAGUUCAGAGUAGACUUAAAAACGUAUAAUUUAGAAGAAAUAAGCAAACAUGAUAAUAAAGAAAAUCGCAUAUGGGUAACAUUUAAGCAAGGAGUAUAUGAUAUAACAGAUUUUAUUGAAAAACAUCCAGGUGGUUCUUCAAAAAUAUUAAUGGCAGCUGGAAGUUCAAUUGAACCAUUUUGGGCAAUUUUUGCUAAUCAUAACACACAAGAAAUAUAUGAGCUUCUUGAAUCAAUGAGAAUUGGAAACAUUUCUAAAGAAGAUGCAAUAUUCAAUACAAUUAAUGAUAAUGAUCCAUAUUCAAAAGAACCCAUAAGGCAUAAAGUUUUGAAGAUAAAUGGUGAAAAACCUUUUUGUGCUGAACCACCACCAUCUUUAUUGAUUGAAAGUUUUAUUACACCAAUGGAAUUGUUCUAUGUAAGAAAUCAUCUUCCUGUUCCUGAAAUAGAUUUGAAAACUUAUACUUUAGAACUAGUUAUAGAAGAAGUAACAAAAAAGAUUUUGAAAUUUGAAGACAUAAAAAAAUAUCCUAAAUAUACAAUAACAAGUACUAUAAUGUGUGCAGGAAAUAGAAGAUCAGAAAUGAUAAAAGAAAAGCAAUUAAAAGGACUUAAUUGGGGUAUAGGUGCUGUUGGUAAUGCUACAUGGACUGGUACAAGAUUAUGUGAUAUAUUAAAAGAUUUAAAAAUUAAAGAAGAUGAUUACAAUCAUAUACAGUUUGAAGGAUAUGACUUAGAUCCUUCUGGUACACCAUAUGGUGCAAGUAUACCUAUUAGCAAAGCAAUGGAUUCCAGAGCAGAUAUAAUUUUAGCUUAUGAAAUGAAUGAACAACCUAUACCAAGAGAUCAUGGAUUUCCCAUUAGAGUAAUUGUCCCAGGUGUUGUGGGAGCCAGGAAUGUAAAAUGGCUUGCUAAAAUAAUAGUUUCAAAAAAAGAAAGUCAGUCACAAUGGCAACAAAAUGACUAUAAAGUUUUUUCUCCCAGUACUGAUUGGGAUAAUGUAGAUUUUUCUAAAGCACCUGCUAUACAAGAAAUGCCUGUAAUUUCUGCAAUUUGCAAACCAGAACAAUCUGAAAUAAUUAAAGUAAUAAAUGGAAAAAUAAAUGUGAAAGGAUAUGCAUGGUCAGGAGGAGGUCGAAAAAUUAUUCGAGUUGAUGUAACAAAUGAUCAAGGUGAAACUUGGCAUACGGCUAAUUUAGAUGCUGAGGAUAAUAAUGCUAAAGUAGGUCGAUAUUGGAGCUGGACAUUGUGGAGUAUAGAUCUUCCUGUCAAAAAAGAAUUAAAAGAAAUGGAGAUAUGGACAAAAGCUGUAGAUGCAUCAUACAAUGUCCAACCAGAAAAUAUCAAAAAUAUUUGGAAUUUACGAGGUUUUCUUUGUAAUGCAUAUCACAAAAUUAAAGUUAAAUUAGAACAUUAAUUCAAUAUUCAUUAAUUUCAAUAUUCUUUUACAUAGUAAAAAAUAAAUAUUAUUUAAAUAAUUUUUUUUGCUAAAAAACAUUUUUUUAUA